GAUUGAGGAAUUAGAGCUGUGUCAUUUUACUCUGAGAAAUGAGGUUGUUCAUUAAGCCUGUGCAAAGUUUUAUUUGUUGUUUUUUUACAAUUAUAUGCACUUGAUGUACUAAUAAGCAAAUGACAGUGAUUGUUUUGUUUUUUUCUAUUUAGGAAUUUUAUAUACUCUUGUGGUACUUAUACAGUCCAAUGGAUUUAGCACAACGGGGGGGGGGGAUCAGUAGCUGGAUUCAGUAAAAUGUAACAUUAUGUGUUAAGAAACAUUAAAGGCAGGGUAGGUGAUUUGCAUUGAAAAUAUUUUUUUGUUAUGCUGGUUGAAAGUCUCUUCACAUCCCAAUAGCAGUCAAAUAAAAUGUAUUUAUAUGAGCAAUAUCACACUCGUAGCCGUGCACGGCUGUGAUUCGUCCGUAGGUAAUCGCAGCGUGCUGAUAUACAACCAUAUAGCAUGGCUACGAGUGUGAUAUUGCGUUUAUACAACAGUUCGACGGCAUGAGUGUGUAAAUAAAUAAGAAACAACAACGGAUUGUCUUUAAAAACCCUCUUUUGUGAGGAACUACUUCCUUCCGCCAUGGAUUCAAAUCUCAAGUUUAACAGUUGAGCCCAAGCCUCCGUUACUAACUCUAAAACGUCACUUUAGAACUAGUAGUGUAGGAACGUUGAGACGCUUCAUUGAAGCUUAUUGUAAUAUGUAGAGUAGAUCAUGGUAUUAUGAGAGAGAGAUCGCCGGAGCGAGUGUAUUACCUGCAUCUAUCUUUGUCCUUUUAACAUUUACGACAUUUCCAUGACAGCGCUAGUCAAUGCAUUUGUCAGUUGCGUCUUGUAAGAUGUUGUUUAAAGUAAAAACAAUGUCCUUGUUUCCUUGUUUCAGUCAAUUUCAAUAUAAAAGUCUUUGUGACUGACUGACUCACUCAUAAAGACAGUCUUUGCCGCCAUCUAAUGGCGCAUUAAUGUAACUUUCUCUGAAGUCUAAAUCACUAAUGGACUCUCUCAAUACCAAAAAAAAACGGCAUGUUAUUUAUAUAAAAUAUUAUUUAUUGAACAAUAAUAUUUAAAUUAACAACAAUAGCCAUUAUAACAGUAUAAGUAGUAAAAUAGGAAAUAAACACAAGCAAACAGUUCAGUCAAACGUACAAAAGCAGUGCUCUAGUUAGUACAGAAUUUAAUUCCAAUGUAAAUAAAGUUAUGAAAUUUAAUAUAGCCCUUAAGCCAAAUCUAUUAGCUCUGGAACAAAUAAUAUAUUAAUAAGACCAAAGAUUGCCCGUUUGAUAUACCCAAAACGAAUUAUACCUCAUGUUUAAACAAUAUCUACAUAAGAGCCAGCGACAAAUUCCCUAAGGACUGGCGGAGAAGAAGCUGUUCUCUGCGGGUACACAAGCUCUGGACGGUCGCUGACGGCCUGGAGCUCACAUCUCCGAAAGUGUCUAACAAAUUUUCAAAUAGGCGUUAUGUUUACAUAUAAAUUGCAUAUCUGAGGUCUAAACAACUAUAUUCUGACCUAAAAAUCUUAAAAUAACAUUCCAUUACAAAAUAACAGUAGUAUCUAUAAAAAUAUGGUGGGUUUGCUCGUCCGCCAUGACACUCGCUGUGAGAAUGCUGACAGCGGAGUGAUUCAAAUGGUGAAACGGUUCCCGUGGCGAAACUGGUAGAAUAUCGCAUGGCUGGAAAGACCUUUCAGCCAAUCAGAUUCGAGAACCAGAACGAACUGUUGUAUAAAUGUACUUAUAUCGUCUGUGGAAAGCGUAGGACCAUAAAAUGUUUGUCCAAGCAUAUCCCUCGAUCGGAGGGAUAAGACACGCAGGUAUGUCCUACCUGCGUGUCAACAUAUGUUUAACAUACCCUCGCGCACCCUGUUCGCGCAGACAUCGUGCGCAUUUUAAGACAGACGCCAGUUUGGAAGAGAUGGAAACCUGUGACGUUAUACUCGGAUCGGUUCGUGACUGGAAUUUAUGCAUUUCAAUGGCAAAACUAUCAACGUCGAAAUUAAUCUGCAGCAGUCAGGUGGUACAGGUCAGUGCUCUUUAAGUUGUUUACAUUCAUUAUUAGUGUAAUGUUAUGUGCUUCGAGACACGAGGUAGUUUAACGCCAUCUCUCGUGACGCUUUUGUUUGCUCCCUGCUGUGCGCGUUCAUGUGUUUUGGAGGAGGCGUGGCUUUGGAGACGUGCUGAAGGGGAGGGUGGGAUCUUAUGCUUUCAAAGCUAGCUCGCUAUUGCUAGCGUCUCCGUAAAAUGACCUACCCUACCUUUAAAGUGAUUAAAUGUUUAUGACCUGAUUUUACCACUGUUAAACUAAUUAUAAUGAGGUGUUGAUUACCCGAGAACACUGACUGAAGGAGAAGAAAAACAAAACCAGCAAUCUCAGCUCUACUUGACAGUCAACAAACCCUGUUUGUGUAGUAGUCUGUCAGUGUUAAUAUAUAUUUAUGUGACCCUUGCCAUUGUUUGUAUACUCUGAGCUUGGAAACAUGAAAGACACCGUGGAUCAAGCAACACCCACCAUGAGGCAAAUAGAUUUCUUAUCGAGUGACAGAGGUGAAGACUGAUAUCUAUGUGACCAGUUUUGGGCCAGUAUCAGACACAGACAUGGAAUACACAGUGGAUGUGUUUUUCCGUCAGCGCUGGACAGACGAGCGGCUAAAGUUUCACGGGCCGAUGAACAUCCUGCGUCUCAACAACCUGAUGGCCAGUAAAAUCUGGACCCCAGACACUUUCUUUCACAACGGCAAGAAAUCUGUGGCUCACAACAUGACCAUGCCUAAUAAACUGCUGCGCAUCAUGGAGAACGGCACUCUACUGUACACCAUGAGGUUGACAGUGCAAGCCGAAUGCCCAAUGCAUCUCGAGGACUUUCCAAUGGAUUUCCAUUCCUGCCCGCUGAAAUUUGGCAGCUAUGCUUACACUCUGACAGAGGUGACGUAUGUUUGGACACGCAAUGCCACCUUAUCGGUGGAAGUAGCUCCAGAUGGAUCUAGACUUAACCAGUAUGACCUGAUGGGACAGACUGUUGGAAAAGAAACCAUCAAGUCCAGUACUGGUGAAUAUACAGUGAUGACUGCCCAUUUCCAUCUGAAGAGGAAGAUUGGAUACUUUGUGAUCCAGACGUACCUGCCUUGCAUAAUGACCGUCAUCCUAUCCCAAGUCUCUUUUUGGCUCAACCGAGAGUCCGUCCCUGCACGCACGGUUUUUGGUGUGACUACAGUGCUAACGAUGACCACUCUGAGUAUCAGCGCUCGAAACUCUUUACCAAAGGUGGCCUACGCCACAGCCAUGGACUGGUUCAUAGCUGUGUGCUACGCGUUUGUUUUCUCUGCUCUCAUCGAGUUUGCCACUGUAAACUACUUCACCAAGCGUGGCUGGGCCUGGGAUGGCAAGAGCAUUGUCAAUGAUAAGAAAAAGGAUACGUCCGUUAUGAAAAAGAAUAACGCAUAUGCAGUCGCUGUGGCAAACUACGCGCCCCACAUUGCGAAGGACUCAGCCCUGCCCACCGUCUCUAAGAGCGCCACAGCGGAGCCCAGUAAACCUCAACCGGUGGCUAAAGAGGCAAAGAAGACCUUCAACAGCGUCAGCAAGAUUGACCGUAUGUCCCGCAUCAUCUUUCCAGUGCUUUUUGGCAGCUUUAACUUGGUUUAUUGGGCCACAUAUCUCAACAGAGAACCUGUUAUUAAGAACAUGGUGCCCUCCCAGUGAGCCAUUAGCUAUUUUUCACAGUAUAUAUAUAUUUAUAUAUAAAAUUAGUGCUGUCAACGUUAGCGCGUUAACGCAUGCGAUUAAGUUUUUCCAGUUUAACGCGUUAAAAAUAUUUAACACAAUUCAUCAGUUUUUUCCAACAUAAUUUGGCUAACAUUACAAUAUUGUAAACCAUUUAAGCACACCAAAAGAGAAAAAGGGAACGUGCUGCUGUCUGUGAAUGUCCUGUCUCACACACGACGCACGGAAAGACGUGCAGCAGUAUCAUGCGCAUGGACGGCGCACCAGUAUCGAGUUUUCUGUCACGCUUAAACGAACAAAAUUAAUAGAGUAGUCCGUUUUGUCGAGUAUCCUCAUUAGAGCAGCCUUGAAUGAGUUAAAGUCUUAAACGAAAGUUGUGAGAAAGUGGAUCCGCGUCAUGUGCAACAGCAACAGCAACCAAAAUAAUUGAGACAAUAGCAGAUAAAAUUACUCACUGCUCUUGACUAAAGAAUUUUGUAGCUUUAAUAAUGAUUAAUCUAUAGUUAAUUUAGGCUAUAAAUGAUGCAGUGCAGACUGUUUGGUAACUUUAUUCAAUUUCUGUAUUUUUGCUAUCUGUUGGACAAGUAGGAAGGGCACGGGUAGGCUAAAUAUGACAUUUAUUAAGGGUUUAUGUGAGGAUUGUUUUAAGUAUAUUUUUGAAGCUGAAUAAAUGUAAAAAAAAAAGAUAGCUUUCAAUUACACUGUAAUGUUGAAUGGCUAUAAUUCAUGUUUAAAUUGGGGAAAAAAAUCAAUUUCAUCGAGACAUCAGUAGCAGUAUUAGUAUCAGUGAUACUGGCCUUCAUUGAUAAAAAUAUGCCAUUAAACAAGUAUUUAAAAUAUUCUGUCUUUAUGUUGUUUCUUUAUGUUGUUUUAAUUUGGAGAUUAACUGUGAAAUUAUUACAUUAUAAAAUAUAUUAAAAACGUAAGUGUUUCUAAUUGCGAUUAAUCACAGAAAAAAUGUGAUUAAUCGAGUUAAUUUUUUUUAAUCGAUUGACAGCACUAAUAUAUAUAUAUAUAUAUAUGUAUAUAUACUGUAUAUGGUGAAUUCAGGUAAAUUGGGACACUUUUUGUCAUUGAGAUGACUGGGGAAAAAAAUGUCCAAACUGUCCUAAACUAACCAUAUCUAUCCAUCAAUCUAGAAAAAUAGUGGUAUUCAAGAACCAAAAUUUUGUACAUAUUCUUCAGUGUACUUUUGAUGUUUCUGAUGUUUGCUUACAAUCUUGCCACUGCCAGGACAAUUUCAAGAGAGCAUCUUAGCAUGCUUUAAUGGGACCUUUUUUUCACAGCUUUAUUUUUGUAUGUUAUUGUGUGAUUUCUGAGAAUUUAACUGAUCGUUUUUCCUUGCCUUUUUAUGCAGUGUUUACUGGCAUUUUCAUACAGACCUCAUAUGUGUUUUUUUUUUUUUUUUUUAACGUGUAUUCUGUAUUUAUAAUAUAUCAACCUCCAUUUAAACAAAGUGUUUAUGUCUGUGUCAGUAUUUUGGCUAAAUUAUGAAUUAAGCUCACAAGAUAUGGUGCAUCAAAGACAUAGUGUUUAAAAUGAAAGUGAUUGCUGUGUUGUUUUGUUAGAGCUGCACUACAGUAUCUGUGAAACAGAUCACUGCACUUUUAUAUUGACUGAUGUAGCAUUUCAAGUCAAUUAAAUAUGGCACUUUAAUUAUUUUUUGUUUGCAUCAAAUUUGAUUGCAUAUUAGCUUUUCACACACACCACGCACCUGUGCAUCUAAUUCUCAGCCGUGAGCAAUUUAUCAAUGAAAGCAGCAUACACCCACAUGUGGUUUAAAGCUAAAUAAUUCAUUGAUUUUGUCUGAAGCACCUCUGCGCUCUGUAUUGUUGUGGAUUCUUUGAUCCGUGAGCUCGGUUUCAAGUGGAAUUAGCGCUGCGUUUGAGCCAUUUCUGUUUCUUUGGUCCACAUUGAGUGGAAACUGCUGCUGGGUUUUUCCCAAAUAGUUUUGGCUGAUUUAAAUUUUUAAUUUUGCUUGUCAUUAGGUUAAAAUGAGAGCAAUAUGUUGGUCUUGCUGUUAUGUUACUCAAAUUGUGACCACUGAUACUCAUAUUAGCUUAAUGUUGCAGCAGUGACAUGAUGUUGUUCAUAUGGUAUUGUCAGUAUAUGUCUAUUGUAGCUUCAGGAUUAAUGCAGAUAAAGGUUGUAAUGGGCUUCUCAGUAUGAUAUAUAUGCCUAAUGAUGCCAUGAAAAUGGGAAUCAAAAUGUACUGUUCGCUCAAUAUAUCAUGUGUCAAAGAGUUUGCGAGUUUUCAUUACUAACAUCAACAAUCCUGACAAGUGUAAAACGCUUGAAUGAACUACUGUGGGCUUAUUUUUAACAGCUUUUCAGUUUGCCAUACUGUUCUCGGUUUUCUGCCUGGGCAAAAACACAGCUCCCCUGUUGACUGAAAUAAAGUGUUGUCAAAGCCAACGUGGCUCAGUUA